AUGACAGACCUGAGUAAAGCCAACGGCUUCCCGCUCUUAAAGGACUCUAUUGAUCUUCUGUUGCUUCUUCCACACUAUCUCGACAUCAUUGAAGAUUUCAUUCAUCUUUCGUUCAGUUGUAAAACUUUGCACAAUAUCUACACUGAGCAUCCUCCACUACCUGGAUUACUAUUUGAGCCCAAGCCUCAUUUCCUCAUUGCUGGUGUCGCGCGCCAAAUUGGUGAAUGGGCUGUUCAGACAGCAGAAAAUCGUAUUGAAUUUCAUGAAUCCUUCAGAACAGAAGGAAUUUUUGGAUUGUUCGAGCUCUGCAAGAAGAGGGGAAAGCUGACCCUCGACGAGAUCUGCGACCUGAUUGAUCGGAAGUCCACUCUCAGGUCACUUGUUUCAGUUCACUGGCAACGAAUGAAUCGCAUAGUAAAUUCCGAACAUAUAGCCAUGUUACCCUAUCUACAAAUCGCAAUGUUUGGAGGUCUAUUCGCUGCUAGCGUACGCAAUUUUUGCGAGCCAGGAGUUACGAAUCCAUUGCACAUAAGCAUCAGAUUAGACUGCUGGGAUAUAAUCGAUGCACAGCCCUCUUGGAUGGGAGGCCUUCAGAUGUACGACAUAAUGAAAGUCCUUCAAAUUACCGCGACGCUACGAACCUCCACUUUCAUCUCAUUAAUGAAGCAAAUUCCUGACUGCUUCGUCACUUCAGUGCAGAACUGCAGAGAUAUUUCCUAUGAUGACACUUACCACGAUAGAAACUUUGCCUUCUCUGCUUUCAUUUACCUGCAAGGCUGGGACUCACUGGACUUGAUGUAUCAAGUUGAGGUAGGAACAACUUCACUUAACGCACAAGCGGCAAUUGAGGCUGCAAUGAUUGCCUUUCGAAUGGAAAACAGCCAAGUCACCAACUUCAAAAUCAUACGUGAUGAUAUGAUAGAAGACAUAAUGCAGGACUUGGGUACCGUAGUGGACAUUGAGCUCGAUACAUAUUUCGUUUGCGAUCGCGCCCUCUUGAGGAAUAUGUUAUAUUCGCAGGUCAGCCUGUAA